AACAUUUAUAUUUAUUUACGUGACUCAAUCAUUCCCUACUCAUAAUCGUAACAUAACUUUCUUCUUUCUCAUCUCAUCUCAUCUUCGCCGAAUACAAAACAACAGGUACCGACCCAACCCAUCCGUCAAUCAACCAUGGUCGAAACACGACGCGGUUCAUCUUCUUCCUCCAAACGCCCUCUCUCUUCUCCUUCUCCUUCCAAAACCAAACGAUCCAAGGUAUCAGAAGAUGCUUCAUCUACAACCUUACCUUCUCUUCCGGUCAACGAAUCUGCACCUCGAAACGAAUCUGAGAUACAACCUUCUGAUCUACCACAAACGGCGUCGUUGAAGGUUGUUGAUGGUGAAAACGACAAGUCCCCUUCUCUGCCUAUCGAAGAUGAUCCUUUGGUGUCUCCUCAGUCUCCAGGUGAAACUGCAGAGAAAUCAAAGGUUGCUGCUCCUGUGGUGCCUUGUAGAAAAAAACGCUCCGCGGUUAAAUUGAGUCCUAAGGCUGAGUGGGGGAAGCUCAUUUCUCAGUUUUCUCAGAAUCCUCACGUGUCCAUUAGUGAUCCAAUCUUCACUGUUGGUCAAGGUCGUCAGAGUAAUUUGAUGCUUAAAGAUCCUACUGUUGGUAGUGUUUUGUGCAAGUUGAGCCAUAUAGAGCAUGGAGGUUCAUCAGUUGCCCUACUGGAAAUCACAGGCGGUAAAGGCACAGUUCAAGUCAACGGCAAGACUUACCGAAGGAAUGCCCGGCUGAUUUUAAAUGGAGGCGAUGAGGUGGUUUUUGGUUCUUCAGGAAAGCAUGCUUAUAUAUUUCAGCAGCUCAAAAGUAACAAUGUUUCUACUGCCGAUUUACCUCCUGUGAGUAUUUUAGAAGCCCAGAGUGCUCCGAUAAAUGGGAUGCAAGUUGAAGCUAGAUCUGGAGACCCUUCAGCUGUUGCUGGAGCAUCGAUAUUGGCCUCUCUAUCAAAUAUUCAUAACGAUUUAUCUCUAGUUUCCCCGCCUGCUACAACUUGCAAGAAACAGAGUGCUGAUAUUUCAUCUCUACCUUCUGGCCAUGAGGAUAAUAUCCCCGACAAUGAAAUGAAAGAUACCACCAAUGAUAAUGAAUCGGCUGGAGCUUUUCCGUCUGGAAAAGCUGUUCCUGCAUCCUCUACUAAUGUUAAUGACAAUCCUAGCCUUGACACCAUGGAUGUUGAUGCUGAAGUGGACACAGAUGUUGGGAAGAUGACUGCUGCUAAUAACGAGUUGAGACCAUUACUGUGCAUGCUUGCCGGCUCAGGUUCUGAAAUUGAUAUAAGUGGCAGCAUUUCUAAGAUAUUAGAAGAUCGAAGGGAAUUAAGAGAACUCCUUAAAGAUGUUGAUACACCAAUAUUGGCAUCCACCAGACAGCAGGCAUUUAAGGACAGCCUACAACAGAGAAUUCUCAAUGCCGAGGAUAUUGAUGUGUCCUUUGAAACUUUCCCAUAUUAUCUAAGUGAUACAACAAAGAAUGUGCUGAUUGCUUCUACAUAUAUUCAUUUGAAGUGCAAAGGCAUUGGAAAAUAUGCUUCAGAUCUCCCAUCGGUGUCUCCACGGAUAUUGUUAUCUGGUCCUGCAGGUUCAGAAAUAUAUCAGGAGACUUUGUCCAAGGCACUUGCAAAGCAUUUUGGUGCCAAACUACUGAUUGUGGAUUCUCUUUCACUGCCUGGUGGAACACCAUCAAAGGAGGUUGAUUCUCCCAAAGAAAGUUCAAAACCUGAAAGGCCAUCUGUUAUUUUGAAGAGAUGUACUCAGGCUUCUACAUUACAUCAUAAGAAACCCACUUCUAGUGUUGAUGCUGAAAUUAUUGGUGGAUCUACAUUAAGUUCGCAGGCUAUGCUGAAGCAAGAGGUUUCUACUGCAUCAUCAAAAGGCACUGCUCUUAAAAAAGGCGAUCGAGUAAAAUUUGUCGGUAACUUUCCACCUGCUGUCUCAUCACUACAAAAUUGUUCUUCAAGGGGACCAAGCUAUGGCUUCCGGGGCAAAGUUGUACUUGCUUUUGAAGACAACGAGUCCUCAAAAAUUGGAGUUAGGUUUGAUAAAUCAAUUCCAGAUGGAAAUGAUCUUGGAGGCCAUUGCGAAUAUGAUCAUGGGUUCUUUUGUUAUGCAAACCAUUUACAACGAGUAGAUAGUUCAGGAGGGGAUGACUCCGACAAAGUUGCAAUUAAUGAAAUCUUUGAGGUUGCUUCUAAUCAAUGUAAAAGUGGUUCACUUGUUUUGUUCAUUAAAGAUAUAGAGAAGGCAAUGGUUGGGAACUCAGAUGUUUUGAAAAGUAAAUUUGAAAGUCUGCCACAAAAUAUUGUGGUAAUCGGCUCAAAUACCCAGCUGGACAGUCGUAAGGAGAAGACCCAUCCUGGGGGACUUCUGUUUACAAAGUUUGGGAGCAAUCAGACAGCGCUACUUGAUCUUGCUUUUCCGGAUAACUUUAGUAAACUACAUGAUAGGAGCAAAGAAACCUCCAAAGUAAUGAAGCAACUCAACCGCCUUUUCCCAAACAAAGUGACAAUACAGCUGCCUCAGGAUGAGACUUUACUUUCUGAUUGGAAGCAGCAGUUAGAUCGUGACAUUGAAACUAUGAAAGCUCAUGCCAAUGUUGUCAGCAUUCGCUCGGUUCUCAACAGAAUAGGAUUGGAUUGUUCUGACCUUGAGACUAUCUGCAUCAAAGAUCAAACUCUAACUACUGAAAAUGUGGAGAAGAUCAUUGGCUGGGCUAUAAGUUACCAUUUUAUGCAUUCAUCUGAUGUUUCUGCCAAAGAAUCUAAGCUUGCGAUAUCUGCAGAGAGCAUUAAGUAUGGGUUUAACAUUCUUCAAGGCAUCCAAAAUGAGAACAAGAACGGAAAAAAGUCAUUGAAGGAUGUGGUUACCGAGAAUGAAUUUGAGAAAAAGCUGCUUGGUGAUGUUAUUCCACCAACUGAUAUAGGGGUCACAUUUGACGAUAUUGGAGCUUUAGAAAAUGUGAAAGAAACUUUGAAGGAACUGGUCAUGCUUCCUCUUAAAAGGCCUGAAUUGUUUUGUAAAGGACAACUGACUAAGCCUUGCAAGGGAAUAUUGCUUUUCGGACCCCCUGGCACAGGAAAAACAAUGCUCGCAAAGGCUGUAGCAACUGAAGCUGGAGCAAAUUUCAUCAAUAUUUCAAUGUCUAGCAUUACUUCCAAGUGGUUUGGUGAAGGAGAAAAAUAUGUCAAAGCAGUCUUCUCCCUAGCCAGCAAAAUUGCUCCAAGUGUUAUUUUUGUUGAUGAGGUUGAUAGUAUGUUAGGGAGACGUGAAAAUCCCGGUGAGCAUGAGGCAAUGCGUAAAAUGAAGAAUGAGUUUAUGGUUAAUUGGGAUGGUCUACGUACAAAAGAAAAAGAGCGUAUACUUGUUCUUGCUGCUACAAACAGGCCUUUUGAUCUUGAUGAGGCUGUUAUUAGGAGGCUUCCGCGAAGAUUGAUGGUUGAUUUGCCAGAUGCUCCGAAUAGAGGAAAAAUUUUAAGAGUAAUUUUAGCGAAAGAAGAUUUGGCACCUGACGUUGAUUUGGAAGCAAUAGCAAAUAUGAGUGAUGGAUACUCGGGAAGUGACCUAAAGAAUCUGUGUGUCACAGCAGCUCACUGCCCAAUAAGGGAAAUCUUGGAGAAGGAAAAGAAGGAGAGAAGCUUAGCAUUGGCCGAGAACAAACCUUUACCUGGAUUGUGUAGCAGUGCAGACAUUCGCCCCUUAAAGAUGGAAGAUUUUAGAUAUGCACAUGAACAGGUGUGCGCAAGCGUAUCGUCGGAGUCAACAAAUAUGAAUGAACUACAACAAUGGAAUGACCUAUAUGGAGAAGGUGGAUCGAGAAAAAUGAGAUCUUUAAGCUACUUCAUGUAAAAGCUUUCUGUAUAGCAUUUCUUGCUUAGGCUAUUAUUCUUCCUUCUAUCACCUAAAAUGUUUUAACAAGGUCAGCCACCAAUUGAUAUGGAAAUUCCAUAUGUGGUUUCUUUCUCUAUUGUAUUAUAUCAUAGAUUUUGCCUUUUUUCUUCUUUCUCCGGCCUUCUCCGACUUCUGCUUUUCUCCCUUCAUAUUUUUUCAUACAUAGAAGAAUUUGACAAUUUCACUGGGGGGAUAAAAGCUUAUUCUAGUACUACCCCAGAUGAUCCAAUAUUUCCCCUUAUUAUUCCUCAUUGUUUUGUGGGGUUUCAUUUUGUAAAUACCUAGUUUUUUUUACAAUAAAAAUAAAAUCAUUUUUUUGUUGUUGCUAAUUUCGUUAAUAUUAA